CUGCUGUAGAAGUGUGUGUGUGGGAGUGUGUUUUCGCUGUCGCCUCACCGGCUUCAGCUGUCUGUACGCAUCAGUGAUCCAACGCACUAAGGAUGGCGGAGGAGUCUGUUCCAGAGGGUCGCAGCCUGAAGGAGCUGAGCGAGGAGGAACUUUGGGAGCUGAUCAAUGACAACCGUCACCGGAUCUCCCUCGGGGUCCGACCGUGCGUCUUGUUGCCCUAUCUGAGGCAGGUCAAGGUUCUCACAGAGGUGGAUGAAGACGAGAUCCUGUCCUGUCAUAAUCUGACUAAUCGCUGCAUGAGAACAAGCUACAUGUUGGAUCUGCUGAGGACCCAGGGAAGAAAUGGAGCGAUAGCUCUGUUAGAGGGGCUGAUGAUUCAUUAUCCAGUUCUCUACACCCACGUUACAGGGCGUCAGCCCAGCACAGAGCCCUCGAGAUUCAGUGGUCUGAUUAAGUACUCAGAGCUAACCGAGUAUCUCAUCAGAGCGGUGACGGGGAUGCAGACGGAGUUGCAGGAGGCCCGCAACGAGGCUGGCAAGAUGAGCGCCCGCUGCUCCUCGCUGGAGUCGGAGGUCAGCCAACUGAUGGAGCAGGAAGAGAAGUGCAGCCACCUUCAGACUGAAAACGAACGCUUGCAGAGACACCUGAGCUCUCUGCAGCGGGAAGUCACCAAGCUGAAGGACGAGAAGUGCGACUUGUACAUCCGCUACACUGCAAGCAUAGAGGAGAAAUCGGCUAUAAAAGGGCGGCUGCACGACCUGAACCUGCAGGUGUAUCAGCUGCAGAUGGACCUACAGAGCAUUCAGAUGGAAAAUGAGUUCCACAAACAGCGGUCCCUCCGAAGCGUUUCUUCUUCUCAGACCCCACAGCUGCAAGAGGAGGCUCAUAAGGACAUCCUGCAGCAGGACUUGGCAGAGGCAAUCGACAGUCAGGUGGAGCUGGCGGAGCACCUGAAAAGCUACAGAGAGGAGAAUGAAAAGCUGCUCAGAGACAAACAGGGGCUCUUGAAUCAGACAGAAGCUCUGAGCCUUCAGGUGCAGCAGCUUUCUCUGGAUUGUAAGAUGCAAGAGCAGAAGAGCACCGUGGUCCAGAGCCAGAUGAAGGAACUUCAGGUAGAGAGGGACCAGGCCUUCCAGUCCAGAGACGAUGCCCAGGCCAUGAUCGCCCGCAUCCUGGCUGAGAAGGACACAUUGAGGAGUCAGCUGGUGGAGCUGCAGGACGCCGUCUUCACGCUUCAGGCAAAGCGCAGCCCCAGACCCCGCCUGCGGAAAUCUGAUGUGAAGGAGAUCAGCUGGGAGAGUCCAACUUCCAGCUCUGAAGAAUGUCCUCUGCCAGUCCGACAGCGACUACGACGCAUGGACGCACUUAACCCCAUGUCCCUGAAUUCCUGCACCUCAGAGUCAGAAGAUGUUGUUCCCUCCAGCAUCCGAUCCAAAGGCGUCGAACCACCCAGUCUGGAGUCUCUCCGUAGAAGACAGGAAGUUUGUUUCGAAGACAGCAGUUUGGAAACAGCAGAAACUGACUCUGUGCUGGACGACUUUGUGUUACUUUCUGAUGCAGGGAGUGAAGACGAGCAGGAACUCAGACCUUCCUCUUCUCAUGGCUCCAACUCUGUCUGCGUCUCAAAAUCUUCAGCCCCUCCUUUCCUGGUGCGUUCUCGUCCAAAAGCCAUCCGCGUUAACGGCCGUGUUCUGAGCCUCUCCCUCCAGUGUGACGCACUGCUAAGCCAGCUCUCCAUCGUGGGAGGAAACAAGUCUGGAGUGUUUGUGCACCAGGUGACUGAGGGCGGCGCCGCCCAUGCUGUCGGCAUCAGCCCCGGGGCGCAGAUUGUGGAGGUCAGGUAUAAGCAAAACAGCAGGGCUCUGAGGAUGGUGUUGGAGGACUCCACUCUGGAAGAAGCUACCUGGGCUCUGGGCCAGGUUACAGGCUUCUGUCAGCUGUCCCUCCGCCCCAGGCAAAACGACUACGAGGCGCUGCUGCAACAGCUGCAGAGCAGCACGAUGUCAUCAGGAGAUUCCUUUUACAUUCGGGUCAAUUUAUCCCUUCCUGCUGGUGCCAGUGGGACCUUGGCCGUGUCGUGCAACAAUAUCCUACAUGUAACAAACACGAGACCUGCCGGCACCGAGGAUCUGUGGCAAGCGAGCCAAGUUCACCCGUGCCAGCUGCUUGACCUGCAGAGUGGAACAGUACCCAAUUAUUACAGGGCCCAGAGACUUUUGAUUCAAACAAUUGAAGACAUGAGCUUUCAGACAAAGAAUUGCCAGAAGGCUGGACGAGAAAACACCCGGAGCGAACAGAAGGCAGUGAGGAUAGUCAGCACGGGGCGCCAAGGAAGGAACCCUCUGUGGGUCAGUGUGGAUGAAGAAAACACGAACGGCACCGAGCCAGGUUCUCCGCCACCACCCAAAAGCUGUGUAACCCUCAUGCCCUACACCCUUGUUACUCCUCAUUUCCCACCAGUCUGCAGGCCUAUCCUGCUGCUGCCAACAAUACUGGGACGCAUGCUGGACAAGAAGCUGGCCAGCUGGCAGGGCUUUCAGCUCUGUGAGCCUGAGAUGUUGACCUCCAGUGAACAUGCUGCUCGGCUCCAGAGGUCUGAGAUUCUGGAGGAGGUGGAGCCUGGUGGAAACCAGUGCUACACUCUUCAAAGUGUCGAGAAAGUCAUGAAAAAGGGCCUUCACUGUUUGCUGCCAUUAGGCCUGGACUGUGUGCGUCGGCUGCAUCGCUCCGAGAUCUUUCCAGUUAUCAUCUUUAUUGGCGUAUCCGCACGCAACGCACGUAAACUGAAGUCAAAGCUGCAGCGUAGCGGGCAGACGGAGGAACAGCUGCUUGCAUGUUCAAAGAGCGAGGAGCCGCUGUUGGACAAGCUGCCAUGCCUGUAUCACAGCAUGGCUCCAGACUCCUGGUGUGACCAGAACUCCCUGCUGACCAGCCUCCGUACCAUCAUCUGGGAGGAGCAGAGGAAGGUCGUCUGGGUGGAGCCGGACCUGUGGUGAAGAUAAGGGGAGGAAAAUGGAGAUAAAAUUAUAGAUAUCUGUAUAAGAUGAAUACACUUUACAAGAGAUGUUUUUGUAAACUUCAGUAUGUAUCCAUGAUACUUGAGAGUGUUUAAAAUCCUGUAGGAAUGCCCUGUAUAAACUGUAUAUUAUCUUCUAUUUUAGGUAUUUAUUUAUAACAAGCAUUUGUAAAACCACAAUUGUAUCAACUAGAAAUCUUAUCUCCACAUUUGUUGUAGGUCAGUUCUUGUUAUGAGGGACUGUAUCUGGUGUAGAUCUCUUUUAAACCACUACAUCUACCACUGCUGUUUUUUAAAUGUCUAUUUUGUUAAAUAAAAGGUUAUUGUUACACAUUAAAUAAGCACCACAGAUAUCUCUGGCAGUUUAGUUUCUGUAAAUCGUCCACAGGUUGUUACAUUGUCACCGACUCUGAAGUAAGCCUGGAACUGGUCAUGAUGUUUGUGCCACUCAAAGCUAAACUCUGAACUCAGAGAAUAUGUUGAACCCACUUCCUCAUUGCUUCUUUUAUCCCUUUCUCUUUCCUUUUUGCAUCAGAAAAUAUGAUACAGUGUUUUUCACCCAGUUUGACACAAUCACUUUAAAAAAAAACCCCAACCAAACAACUAUUUCCUUUGUUCUCUCAGAAACCGUGCCACACUUGAGCAUGGUUUGUAUGUGUGCGCACUUCUCUCUUCUCUGCAGCCAGCCUCUUUGACAAAAGAUUAUAUUCAUGUUUUUUCUCCUUCUGUCUCUGUCUUUGCCUGCCAGAGUUUCAUUCACAUUGAAAGUGUUCUUAAAUUUCUGAUACAAAAACGGUAUCACUCUAAAUUUCUCUGAAGUUUGAAAUGUAGGAAAAAUGCUUCAAAAUUUGCUGUAUAUUUUUUUAAAUGUUAAUUGCCAGAUCUUUUAGGCUAAAACGUAAGGUCUCUUUGAUUUUGUGAAGGAUUAAGUGUUUUACAGGUUCUUAUGCAUUUUCAUUCUGAAUUCAGCCAUUUAGCUUUAGAUAUAAAUGAAAGCUUUUUAAGAGGCACAUCUACCUGCCAUAAUCCAAAUUUACAUCGCUAAGAACAAUAAAUGAACAUCAAGAUUGUCUCUAUUACCUAGCUGUUUCU